CCAAUUCUUUGUUCAUUUUCUAAGCUCUGUUUUUUUUUUUCUCUCUCUCUCUGGUUUGCUGAUUUCUCAGCUGAAAAUCUAAUUGCAGAAAGUUAAAUUGAUACGAAUGAUUUUUUUUCCCUUAAUUUAUUUGUGUUUAGUGAAAUUAUCCGUUUGGUUGCCGGGAAAAUUGUUGGACUCAAACUGGAAUUUGCUAACAAUCUGUCUCGGAUAAAUUCUUUGACUUGAGAUUUGUUUUCCUUUAUUUUUCUCAGUAAUCAAACGAAAUGCCAGCGGAUUUAUUGAGAUUUUUCAGAUUUUUCUGGACUUUUUCUAUUAGACAAAGGUGAGCGAUUGAGAUGGCGAGCGCAGUGGACGCUGUGGGAAAUCCGAUCCCGACAUCGACCGUGUUGACGGCGUCGGCGAAGAACAUAGGGAUUAGAUGCAUGCCAGAGAAUGUGGAGUUUCUAAAGUGCAAGAAGAAGGAUCCGAAUCCGGAGAAAUGCCUCGAUAAGGGCAAGGAAGUCACUCGCUGCGUUCUUGGUUUGCUAAAAGAUCUUCACCAGAGGUGCACAAAAGAGAUGGAUGAGUAUGUUGGCUGUAUGUAUUACCAUACAAAUGAGUUUGAUUUAUGUCGCAAAGAGCAGGAGGCAUUCGAGAAAUCCUGCCCCUUCAAGUGAUUCACAAACCAUAUUUGUUAUGCCAUGCUUCAAAUAAGUUGGUUCAAUUUGCCAUGAGCUAAUACUGUUGCGCACAAUCUGAUUGUACUUUUUUGCGGUAUGACUUAAUUGUCUACCUCCUGUAUUUGUUAAGAUUGUUCUUAAAAAUGGUUCAAAACUAAAAUCAAUAGUAUUGUCUUCG